UCUUUCGCCCCGCCACCCCCCUCCCUGCUUCCGAGUGGUCUCGCCUGGGUUGGUGGGGAGAAGCCACGUGGGCUCGGCGGCGUGCGCGGGAGCGGUGCGAGGGGCAGCAGGAUGUUGUACUGACGUGGAAGAUGGCGUUGUGGGCUCGCCAGGUCUCCCGGUGGUGGUGGUGCUCAAUGAAAAGAGCCCAUGCUACUGAAUUUCCUCAGAAACUGAGGAGUUGCAGCAACACGACAUGGAGAUGUCAUGCAUUUUACCAUCUGGCUUUGCUGCCUUCUGAAAAUGACUUUUCCUUGUGGAAACUGCAGACCUACAGACUUUUAUCUACAGGGAGUUGUUCUCAGCCCUCCAGCUCCGACGAUGGAUCUCUUGCAUCUCCUGAAAGUAAUUUACCUUCAGAGGUAAACCAGAAACAAGAAAAAGCAGAAAUGUUACCUGAUGUGAAUGCAGCAAUACCGUAUGAAGACUGGGAUGACAUCCCACCUUCAUCUGCUUUGGAGGAGAUAUCUGAGGAAGAAGCCAUGCAGAUCAUUGCAGAACCACUUCUUCCCCUUCAGUCUUCCACGCUCCGAGAUUAUGUUGACCACUCAGAAACCCUGGCAAAACUGGUACAUUUAGGAGUUGAUUUAUCCCAGGUGGAGAAGCGUCAAAAGGCAGGCCAACUCUUACUGACUUUGGACUUUGAAAAAGAUGUAAGAAAAAUACUUCUGUUUCUUAAGGAUGUGGGUGUAGAAGACAAUCAGCUGGGAUCAUUUCUGACCAAAAAUCCAUACAUCCUUGGUGAAGAUUUAGAAGCUCUAGAAACCCGAGUGGCUUACCUAAAAUCAAAAAAAUUUGAUAAGAGAGAAAUUGCUCAGAUGGUCUCAAGAGCUCCAUAUUUACUGUUGUUUUCAGUGGAAAGACUGGAUAACAGACUGGGUUUCUUCAAAAAUGAACUUGGCCUCAGUGUAAGAAAGACAAAGGAUCUGGUAAUUCGUUUUCCAAGGCUACUGACUGGCAAAUUAGAGCCUGUAAAAGAAAACAUUCAGAUAUGUCAGAUUGAACUUGGUUUUCAACGUAGUGAAAUUCAACACAUUAUGUUUAAAACCCCCAAGACUUUAACUGCAAGCAAAAAGAGGCUCAGACAGACAUUUGACUACCUGCACAAUGUCAUGGGCAUUCCCCAUGACAUGCUUACUCGAUUUCCUCAGGUUUUCAACUCAAAACUAUUACGAAUCAGAGAGAGACAUUUGUUUCUUAAGUUCUUGGGAAGAGCCCAGUAUGACCCAGCGCAACCCAGCUACAUCUCUCUGGACCAGCUAGUAUCCUUACCCGAUGAAGUGUUCUGUACAGAGAUUGCUAAAGCCUCAAUACAGGACUUUGAAAAAUUCUUAAAAACACUUUAAUUAGUAACACAUGUAAAAAGGAAUAGAUUAAGUUAUGAAAUAAACAUUUUUUCUAAAUCUACUCCCUUCUGUCAUCUCUUAGCUUCUUAAUUACUGUUUUAAGAAGUUUAUUCUUAGCUUUUAUGCACCACAAAUGUUUCAUAAGCAACAGUGUUCCUUAUGGUGACUUUAAAAGUGUAUUUCACAAGGAUUAAGCAAGUACAUGUUGAUUUCUAUGGAUAUAAUCCUUGUAGUUAAUUGCUAUUAUUUAAUUCAGAGUGAAUGAUGCACUGACAGAAAAGUAAAUUAAGGCAGAUUCUUCUACUUUUUUUUUUUCCUUUCAACAAUUUCAGAGCUUUAGGAAAAAAUGACUGAUGACUGACUGCUCUGCCUCCUCCUCCUCCUUCCUCCCCUCACCCUGCCUCCCUCAGAGGAACCAGCGAGUGCAACAGCAAAGUAGUAGCAUGAUUACAUGUUCUAAUCUCAGCAGCUAAUAAUGUAAUUCUUUUCCUUGUAGAGAGAAGUACACCAUUACAUACAUGAAGCCCCUCAUACAAAUUGGUGUUCAACAGCUUAUAACAAGGAUGCUUCUUUGUGCAGCUGGUUGCUGAAGUUAACAGCCAAAAGGCUGUACAAUGAAACUUGGUUUGAAACAUAAAGGAAAAUCAGCCAACUGAAUCCAGGCAAAAAUAAAUAAAUAAAAAACUCCCUCUAGAUUUCAGGGACUUGUCUAGUUUUACUUUUAUAACUCACUUUCCUCUCUGCCUCUUGGAGGGGAAGAAAAAAAGAGUAGUUUUGCUCCAUUCCUGAUAUGAUUUGUAUGGCUUCUGUAUACAAGUAACCAUAAAAAAAAAGUAGCAGUGUAUAUGUAGUUGACAUAGUUAUCUUGCUCAGUUCUAACAGAAGUAGAUGGUAACAUUAGGAAUUGUUAGAGUACUGAAAGUGGUUAAUGCUAUUAGUAAAUUAAUUUUAUUAAUACACUGAGGGGUAUUUUGUAAUUCUGUAUUUGGGCAACAUGAAAAAAAUGACUAAAUCCGAAUGCAAACUGCCUAAUAGUUCAUUGUUUAGAAGUUUCCAUUCUUUCAGUUAAAAUAGUUUAAGAAACUUAAAUCCAGAUGCUUUCUUUUGAAUUUAAGCUUAUGUAAUGCAAAUGUCUCUCUUAACAUUUUAAAAAAAUGUUCUUGAUGGAGAAGCACAACAAAUUCCAUCUAAAGUGGUGGUCUGAAAUUUGAUGGGUAAACACUUCCCACUGCCUUGCCUUCAUUUGCUUAGAUUUUUGACCUUAUUAAAGCAAAAGACAGGUUAAGGCUAAUAAGCUGUAAUUUUCAAAUGAUCUAAUAAACUUAUUUUUAUAGCA